UUAAGGAAAAAAAUAUUAAUACACAAAUCGCUCAUCACGUAGCUAGUGAUUUGGAGUGGUGGGUAGCUGUUAUAUUCUGUACAAACCAUGUAUAAUUAUAUGCAUAUAUACAGGAAGGAUGAAAAUAGAUUCGCAGAAACUCAUGGAACAUAAAAGCAACAUUAAUUGUUUUCAAUUUGUACGUAUUUCAAAUAAGAGAACAUGGUCUAUGUCAUAACUAUACUAAACUAAAAUAUGCACUAACAAUUUUAUUUUUUACUUUUUCAUUCGGUAAAUACAUUGAAGAGUAUGUGAUUCCUUGUGAGUUUAGCGGAUCCCAGGCACCAUAAUGUAUAACCAUGACCAGCAAUUAAUCGGUUCGAUUAUGAGCCAUACGUGAUAAAGACCGUUUAGUGUGUCUUGAGCAUAAGAGUAAAAAAGAAAAGAAACGUAUGACAAAAGCUCUUCAUCUUAGCCUGUUUGCCUUGUUUCUUAAGUCCAAAGAUGUCUGAUGAUUGGUACUGACUUUAAAAUGUUAAGUGUAAAAUUUCUUUAAAGAAACACUGCCUGUACAUUUUAACAAUUGAUCUCAUCAGAUGCGAUAUUUGCUUCUCACGAUCUGGUCACUGUAUUGUAACUGGAAGCAAUAUUAACUUUCUUACAAAAACUGAAAUUACAUGAAGCUCUAUCCACGCCAGUUGUUGAUGCAAAUACACCGAAAUACUAAGCAGCCGUACAGGCUGCCCAAUCUGAAGGACGUCAGUGGUUAAACAUUUGAAAGUAACUGAAAAGCUGGCUUCUUGGACAGCACCCCCCGGUCGUUUUGGAUAUUUCUUUAUAUUUGCUCAUUCAGGGGUGAACCGAUGGUUCGCAUAGUUUUUGGGGGCGCUACGAUCACCUCCCCCGGUUCAUGCUUUGUCCUGGUCUCAGCCAAGUGAGCGUUGGUGAUUGUGGCACACUACAAAGGAGACGUCGGUAGCGGAGCACACAAAAACAUCAGCCUGACGCUCAGAAUAUGACAAUGACAGCCAACGGUCCUCGAGACAAGUACAAUGCUGUUUGGAUUAUCUUUUUCAUCCUUGGCUUGGGAACUCUUCUACCCUGGAACUUCUUCAUAACAGCCACCAUGUACUUCACUUCUCGGCUGAGUUGUUCCAACAAUGUCAACAUGACAGUCAAUGGGACUAAGACUGGGGACCACAAUAUCCUACAGUCUACGUUCAGCAACGUGAUGACACUCUGUGCCAUGGUUCCUCUGCUCAUCUUCACCUGCCUCAACUCCUUCAUUCACCAGAUCAUUCCACAGAAGGUGAGGAUUCUGGGAGGGUUGACUGGCAUUCUCGUCAUGUUCCUGGUGACGGCCAUACUGGUGAAGGUGGAGAUAUCCCCUCUGCCCUUCUACGUGAUCACCAUGAUUAAAAUUGUCUGCAUCAACUCGUUCGGGGCCAUGCUGCAGGGAAGCCUGUUUGGCCUGGCAGGCAUGCUGCCUGCAUCCUACACCACGCCCAUCAUGAGCGGACAGGGUCUGGCUGGGACCUUCGCAGCAUUCUCCAUGAUCUGCACCCUCCUUACUGGCUCAGAGCUUCGGGACAGUGCUUUUGGGUACUUCAUCACGGCAUGUGUGGUCAUUGUUCUGGCCAUCGCAUCGUACUCUGCACUGGGAAAAAUGGAAUUUUUCCAGUAUCAUAUGGAGAGUAACAGUAAGCAGUCUGACAGCGACCAAGAGAACAAGAUGGAUCUUCUGAAGAAAGAGGACUCUGCUAAGAUGGCACCAGUCUCGAGACUCACAGACGAGGAGGCCGACCAAAAGUCCUCCGUUUACACCAUCUUCAGAAAGAUCUGGGUGAUGGCUCUCUCUGUGUGCUUUGUCUUCACCGUCACCAUCGGUAUCUUCCCUGCCGUCACCAUGGAUGCCAAGUCCAGCAUAGCCCACGGGAACCUUUGGGAUAUUUACUUCAUCCCGGUGUCAUGCUUCCUCAUAUUUAAUCUGAUGGACUGGGCAGGGAGAAGUUUUACCGGUGUGUGCAUGUGGCCUGGGAAAAACAGCGUCCUGCUGCCCAUCUUGGUGAUCGCGAGGCUGGUGUUUGUGCCUCUCUUCAUGUUAUGCAACGUCCAACCCAGAGUGUAUCUGCCCAUCUGGUUUGAGCACGACGCCUGGUACAUCGUCUUCAUGAUAUUCUUCGCUUUGACCAACGGCUACUUGGCCAGCCUCUGCAUGUGCUUUGGGCCCAAGAAAGUGCUGCCGCAUGAGGCAGAGACAGCUGGAGUGACAAUGGCGUUCUUUUUGUCCCUGGGGUUGGCUCUUGGAGCGGCAUUCUCCUUUGCCUUCAGAAACAUGAUCUAGACUGAAGAAUUCACCCCAAAACCUCUCGAUCCUUGCAGAAUCGGAUUAAUGUCAACAGGGUCAUCCUCUGACUGAGGAGAGAUGUUACUAAAUUUGGACUUUAGUUUCAGACAGUCAAGAAAUAUGGGACUUUGAUAUGAACGCUGAGGCAUCUUGCAGUGCCUCAGAUUUCACAGAUGUCUUUUUUUGUGUCAGCAAAAAACAAUAUUAACACAAUUAAUUAACACAAUUGAAGGUAUAUGGCAUGGCACUCAAGAUAUGUGGUUUUCUCCCUGACAAAAGGGAGACGCUAAUCAACCUUUUCACACUCUUAGAAAAUUGUAAACUCAGAGGGACUGCUUUAACUGCCUGGUGUUUAAUGUUGCUGGGAAAGUGUGAUGGUAAUGCAGUGCACAUCAGAAAAGACAUCUUAUAGAUGAGGACUUGUGCUCAGGAAACUGGCAUUUAUUCUGUAAGUGGGCUGACUGGAUGAGUUUUUUUUUUUUUUACCUUACAGGCAAUUAUCUUUAUGUAAGUCAGCAAGCAGAUGUUCACUAUAUAUUACUAAUAUAUCUCCAUUUUGUUUUUGAUCAACUAAUCUACACAGCCUUAUAUAUCAUUAUUAGUCAUAUAAAGCACAAAAUGAAGAGUUCCAGUACUGCCAAAUGUCUGUUUGUAAUGUUAUAUACUGUUGUUGCAAUAAACGUUUUUUUAUGCA